AUGUCCUUGCUGCUAAAACGGGGCUUGAAGAUGGCGUCCUCUCCGCCGAAAGACCCGUUGAUCAUGAUCAUAGGCGCAACUGGUACGGGAAAGUCAAAGUUAGCCGUAGAACUGGCAACACGUUUCAACGGCGAAAUCAUCAACUGCGAUGCUAUGCAGAUGUACAAGGGACUGCCAAUCAUCACGAAUAAGAUCCCCGAGAACGAACGCGAUGGCAUCCCACAUCAUCUGCUUGAUUUUAUUGAUCUGAGGGAAAAGCCAUGGAGCGUGCAGCAUUUCGUGAGAGAAAGCUCCCGCAUCAUCGAUGCAAUUCGUGCGAGAGGCAAACUGCCUAUCAUAGUGGGUGGUACUAUCUACUACACUUUCUCAUUGUUGUUCAAUGACGCCAUCCUGAGUACAGCCGACGGCGACUCCGGGGACGACUCACUUAUUGAAUCGGCCGAUAAAGCCGUGGACGCUUUGGCCAUUCUGUCAGCUCCAACAGAAGAGAUCUUCGCAAAGCUGCGUGAGGUGGAUCCCGAGAUGGCCAAACGAUGGCAUCCCAAUGACAGAAACAAAAUCCGGCGGUCCCUCGAGAUAUACCUGAAGAGCGGGAGGAAAGCUUCGGACAUCUAUGCUGAGCAACGCCAACCGAUUGUAGAAGAUCAGGACGGGAAGCAUGCCGAAAAUACCCGUCCUACCCAAGACAACGCCUCAGCCGAGCGGAAGAUGUCUUUGCGUUAUCCAAGUUUGGUGUUAUGGUUGGAAGCUGAAGAUGCAGUACUAAAGCAGAGACUUGAUGCCAGGGUCGAUGCCAUGGUUGCAGACGGUCUAUGUGACGAAGUGGUACAGAUGGCUAAGUUCGAAUCAGACCUGAGAAACCAAGGUCAAUCCGUGGAUCUGACCAACGGCAUCUGGGCUUCAAUCGGGUACAAGGAGAUGAAGCCAUGGCUGGAGGAGCAGCAGGCAUCAGAUAUUGAUUCUGCAAGACUGGCCGCCGCGAAAGAAGAGGGCAUCGAAGCCGUGAAAGCCAGCACUAGACGCUAUGCGAAACGCCAGAACCGGUUCGUUCGCAUUCGGUUGGCGAAAGCCCUGAAGGCUGCUGGCAGAUGUGAACUGCUGUACCUCCUAGAUUGCACCGACCUGGCGCGGUGGCCCGCCGUCGUGGGAGGGCCCGCGGAAGUACUGGUGGAAACCUUCGUUCAGGGCCGUGAACUGCCUAGGGCCAAGACUCUCUCGGACAUGGCGGAAAACACCCUCCGGCGUAUUGAGCAGGAUAGCAUGGUAGGCGAUCGUCAGGCCCGGAUAUGUGAGGUAUGCAACAAGACUCUCAUGACCGAGAAAGAGUGGAACGGCCACAUCGCAAGCCGCAGUCACAAGAAGAUCACUGCUUGGCAGCGCAGACAGGAGUUGCUGUUGGUGCAAGAGAGUCGCGCUCCAGGAGAAAGAUUUGUUCAGCUUCGGGACCAGCCGAUAUAA